CGGACGCACAGCCUUCAGUUAAGUACGGCAGCUCAGCUCGGUCCAUCCUCAGCGCUUGGAUAAUCUAAAAAUAAUUAUAAUAUUUUCGGUUUCAACCUUAAGUGCGAUUUCAAAGUUCUAGUGAUACUGAAAAAAAUUAUUUUUUAACCGUUCGUUUUAUUUGGUGUAAACAUGUCUUCAACCAAGACGACUAAGUCUUACAGUUACCGAUCGGUCGGAGGCGGAAACGCUGACAUAAACAUCGACUACAGUCACGACCUCAGCGCUUUAUCUCGGCUUGAAGAUAAGAUCAGACUUUUGCAAGAAGAUUUAGAAUCUGAACGUGAACUUCGACAACGUAUUGAAAGAGAAAAGGCUGAUUAUAGUGUGCAAUUAAUAGCACUCAGUGAACGUUUAGAAGAAGCUGAAGGUGGAGCCGAAAGCCAAUUUGAAAUUAACAAAAAACGCGAUACAGAAUUAACGAAACUUAGGAAACUGUUGGAAGAUGUUCACAUUGAAUCCGAAGAAACCGCACAUCUUUUGCGUAAAAAGCAUCAAGAAGUUGUCGUUGAUUUCCAAGAACAAUUGGACCAACUCGCAAAGGCAAAAGCUAGGACCGAAAAAGAAAAGAUUAAAUUCCAACAAGAAGUAUACGAAUUAUUGGCACAAAUUGAAAAUAUCAACAAGGAAAAAUUUACUUCCAUCAAGACAAUUGAAAAGCUUGAGAUCACUAUUCACGAACUUAAUAUUCGUAUUGAAGAAAUAACAAGAACUGUUACUGAAAUCACUUCUAUCAAAACCCGUUUGUCACAGGAAAAUAUUGAAUUAGUCAAAGAAGUUCAAGAUUUAAAAGUAUCAAUUGAGAACACAUCUUAUCUUAAAUCACAAAUCGCUGGACAAUUAGAAGAUGCUCGUAGGAGAUUAGAAGAUGACGAAAGAAGACGUUCACUUUUGGAAGCUAACUUACAUUCGGUUGAAGUUGAAUUAGAAUCAGUAAGAGUUCAAUUAGAAGAAGAAUCUGAGGCUCGUUUAGACCUUGAGAGACAACUAAUCAAGGCUAAUGGUGAAUCUCAAGCAUGGAAAUCGAAAUAUGAUUCUGAAGCAUCUGCUAGGGCGGAAGAAGUUGAAGAGCUACGUCGCAAAUACUCAGCACGUAUCCAAGAACAAGAGGAACAUAUUGAAACACUUUUGGUUAAAGUUAACAAUUUGGAAAAACAAAAGUCUAGAUUACAAAGUGAAGUUGAAGUUUUGAUCAUAGACUUGGAAAAAGCCAACAACACUGCAAGAGACUUACAAAAACGUGUCGAACAUUUAGAAAGAGUUAACAUUGACUUGAAGACACGUCUUGAUGAAACCACUGCAUUGUUUGAACAAGGUCAGAGGGACUUGAGGAAUAAGCAAAAUGAAAUUCAACGAUUAACUCACGAAUUGGACAAAACCAGAGAACAAAAGGAUCAACUUACUCGUGAAAACAAAAAAUUGGCUGAUGAUUUACACGACGCUAAGAACACCAUUUCUGAAUACAACAGGAGAUUACACGAGUUGGAAUUGGAACUUAGAAGAUUGGAAAAUGAACGUGAUGAACUUAGCGCUGCUUACAAAGAAGCUGAAGCUGGAAGAAAAGCUGAGGAAGGUAGAGCUUUCCGAUUGUCUGCUGAGCUUACUCAAUUCAGACACGAAGCUGAAAAACGUCUUGCUGAAAAAGACGAAGAAAUUGAAUCUAUUCGCAAACAAACGAGCAUCGAAAUUGAACAAUUAAAUGCUCGUGUCGUUGAAGCCGAGACUAAAUUGAAAACCGAAGUAACACGCAUCAAGAAGAAGCUUCAUAUUCAAAUAACUGAACUGGAAAUGUCUUUGGAUGUAGCCAAUAAGAAUAAUAUUGAGCUACAAAAAACUAUCAAAAAGCAAUCCCUACACUUAACGGAAUUGCAAGCUCAUUAUGAUGAAGGCCAACGUCAAUUGGCUGUUACAUUGGAUCAAUUGGCUAUUGCUCAGCGCAAGAUUCAGUCUCUUACUGGAGAAAUGGAAGAACUCCGUGGAAAUUACGAUAAUGCAUUGCGUAACAAACGAACUGUUGAACAAAUGUACGAAGAGUCACAGAGCCGCGUAAAUGAGUUGACGACAAUUAACGUUAACUUAUCAUCAUCUAGAUCAAAGAUCGAACAAGAAUUACACCAGCUGGUAUCAGACUAUGAAGAAGUAUCGAAAGAGUUAAGAGUAUCGGAUGAACGUUAUCAACGCGUGCAAAUCGAAUUGAAACAUACAGUUGAAAUAUUGCAUGAAGAACAAGAGAGAGUGAUUAAGAUCGAAGCUAUUAAAAAGUCGCUGGAAAUCGAAGUUAAGAACCUUUCUGUUCGUCUGGAAGAAGUCGAAGCCAACGCUAUCGUGGGUGGCAAACGCAUUAUUAGCAAACUUGAAGCCAGAAUUCGUGACUUGGAAUUAGAAAUCGAUGAAGAGAAACGUCGUCACGCUGAGAGUAUUAAAAUUCUACGCAAGAAGGAACGUUCGCUAAAGGAAGUGAUCAUACAGAGCGAAGAAGAUCAUAAAAAUGUACAACUUUUGCAAGAGGCUCUAGAUAAAGUCAACCAGAAAGUCAACAUCUACAAGAGGCAAUUACAAGAACAGGAAGGUAUGAGCCAUCAGAGCGUGAGCCGAGUGAGGCGAUUCCAGAGAGAAUUGGAAGCUGCAGAAGACAGAGCCGACACUGCUGAAAGCAAUCUGUCAUUAAUCCGUGCUAAGCACAGGAGCUUUGUAACAACAUCAGCUCAGCCAGGUUCACAAGUGUUUGUCGUACAAGAAUCCAGAGCUACAACUACGACUUCAGAACAAUAUUAAUUAAUUUAAUAACAAUUCUUUUCUGUUUUUAUUUAUGUAACAUUUAUUUUUUUUUUUAAUAAUCGACCGAAUUAGGCCUUAUUUAUUCCACGUGACGCAAAUCGUUUUAGCUUUUACCGCUCUUUUAAAAACUAUUUUGACCGUUUUGUGUUCAGUAUAUCCACAAAAAUAUUUAAUUUUAAACACAACAAAUUUAACAUAAACUUA